ACCCCGGCCUGGUUCUUCCAUCACUAUGCUGGGGACGUAACAUUGUGUUGCAUCCCUGAAAACUUACUUGAUGAUCAGAGAUGGGUGGGAUUAGAACUGUAUGUUCAAUUUUCUCAGUGUACAUCUACUUCGACACGUGGCAACAAUAGUUAUUCCUUGUAUAUUUUUUUGUGCUCUCAUGAUCAUGGAAGUAUAGUAAUGCAAGAAUCCCUCACUAUAACAAGUUGUAUUGGGACCUCAGAUCAACUUGUUGUAUUACAUGUACCACGUGUGCAUUUUAAACAACAGUUGAAUCAAUGUCAGGGUAUUAGUGCACAGUUCCGUAUUACUAAUGCAGAAAUCAAGGUCCAAGUGUGUGGAAGCCGUUUAGUUUUCGAGCAUGAUUUGGAAGACUUGACUCAUUCAUUAACAGCAGCUGCCAGUACGUUGGGGCAUCAUUUCCGCAGCCAACUAUGCUCCCAGGCCAAACAUGUUGAUUGGCGCAAGGCAAAUGAAGCACAAAUGUCCUGGUUUCGAAGAUAUUCACAAGCUCCUUAUUCUGCAAUUGUGCGGCUGCGAGAUCAGAGAAGCUAUCUCCAGCAACGGCAACGUUUGGGGGAGCCUGACCUUACCCAAUUGGUCCACUUCAGAUCUGCAAUAUUACUCCACUCCAAUAGCGUGAUGGAAACCAGGGUUAGAAACCAAGAAAUCGUUGCAGAAGAUGAUAAAAUGUUGUUGUUGCCUCUUCAUCAUAUACUUAUAAUGGCUGAGACUCAACUUCACGGAAGCUAUAGUUCAGAACAGUGGAAGAGAUGCCUCAAGUUGCUGCUUCGACAGUCAGAGGUGGCUAUUCUCAGUCUUGGUGGACACACAAUUUCAGCUCACAAGAAUUUUGAUCCUUCCUCCCCAUACAAUAUUAUUUGUUUCUCUGACAAGGAAAUUCCAGUGUGGUUCAAACAUGAGAUGUCGUAUCAGAUGUCUUCUCGGUCUAGGGUGGGAAUCAGACUACCUCCAAGUUUGCAUUCGGAUGAGAAUUGGAGAGGACUUGCUAUAUGUGUUGCCUUUGAAGUGCACAAUCAGGGUGCAACUACCUCCCCACAGCCAGUCAAACUUCUCUGUCACUUGAGAGCCAAGGACAACUAUUGCUUGAAUCCUAUCCCCAUGUGUUCCAUCACUGAAGAGAAACUCAAGUCAUUGAAUCUUGGUAGAUUCAUUUGGCUAACCUACAUACCCCGUGUUCUGCUAACAGAGCUCAAUGUGGUAAGUGAUGUAGAGGCAAGAAUCUAUGUUAGUUGCAGAGGCUUGGGAGUGGAGAAGUGUGGUAUACGUCUCUUGUACCGGAAAGAAGAGGGGGAGUUCAAGAACACAAUAACUGAGUGCUGGACCUCUUUCUUCGAUAAUCUGUCUUUCAUCCGUCAACUUGUAGAAGCAAAUAACCAAAAUGAUCAACCAUGGAUAAGGCAUGAACCUCAAAUGCCUGAAGGCCAUAUCAAGGUCUUUGAUCCGGAUUUAAUAUAUAAUACAAUUCCCCAUUCUAAUGAAAUUCCGGAAUGGUUUGGGCAUGGCAUUGACCCCUGGCCCGGCAGCUGCAUGUGGGGAUUCCAGUUACCACCAUCUUUGAAUGGAACAAAUUGGAUAGGAUUGGCUAUCUGUGCAUCAUAUCUUGUUGGCAGAGACUAUCUGUUGGAAAGUAUUUCCUACCCCUUUAUUUUAAAGUUUGAAACUACAAACAAUGGUUUGUCAUCUGUCCAUCGGUAUCAAAUGAGCAAUGAAGAAUCCAAGUUCUUAAAGCAUUGUGACCACAUUGGGAGGAAUGUCCCUGGUGAAUUCAUUUGGCUCUCCUACAUACCGCGACGCUGGUUUCUACAUCAGCUAAAUGAUGAGUCUGAACUCGAUGUUUUAGUUACUCAAACAUGGUGGAGGCCAGAGAAGAUCAGCCUCCGCAUUGUGUAUGCGCAUCAGGUGGAAGAGUUUAAGCAGCUCUGUUGCAGCCUUCAUCGAUCCCCUGCCCAACAUUAAAAAGGUCAGGAUGACGGAAUAUGGGAUUGUAUUUGUUGUAUUGUUACCUUCAAUUAACGUAUCAAGACAUGGAUUGCAUUUGGGAUCAAUUGUAAGCACCUAUACUAUGAGUAUAUGUAAAUUGCAAUUACUGAGACUCGAGUCCACUCAAUAGCUCUAGUUCACAAGAGUAAUAAAAUUUGCCGCUCACUUUUUGUUUGUC